AUGGAUUUUGGAGAGGGUGAAAAAACUAUGGCCCUUAUCGAUGCAGACUUUUAUAUAAUAAAUUACAGAAGUUGCAUAACUACUUAUAUACAAAGCAUACAUAAUAAUUUGCGAAGAGGUAGAAGAGAUGCUUUACAAAAUGGAGAUAAUAAUGAGAAUAUAGAAAAAGCAAAAAAAAUAAUAUGUAUUUUCAUGCUUCAAAUAUUCCUCAACAACAUCGAUAAAAAUGUAAAUCUAUUUGAUGUUUUACAUGAAGUAAUAAAUAAAUAUCAUUAUUUAAUAAAACGAGAUGUUAAGUCACAGUGUAAUAAAUGUCAAGGGAAUGCAGGAAAUGAAAACAGAAAUAGCAAUCAGCUUCUUUUAAAUAAUAAUGGAGGAGAAAUCGAUCAGGAGGAAAAUAUAAUUGCCUUUGAAAACAAAAAUGAAUGGUUAGUUUCAGCAAGUAGGAACAUAAGAAUUGGGACCAGUCAACAGGUAGAUAUGAAUAAGUAUGAGGAGAGGAAAAAAAAUGGGCAAAGCGGCGAAAGUGGAGAAAAUGACAAAAAUGGGCAGAGAAGCCAAAAUGGAGAAAAUCCUAUAAACCAGUUAAUUCACAACUUAAUACAAAAUGGUAACUACGUUAAUAGUGAAAAUAUAGCUUCGUCUAAAAUAUGUGUGUUAAACAUUAGUAACAAAGAGAAGGAUGUAAAAAGUUCGUCGGAGUCGUUUGGCGAUAAUUUUUGUGAAGAAGAGAAUUCUGAAGGCACUGAGUUAUGCACAAAUUUAAAAAGUGAGAAAGUGAAAUAUUGUAAAAAGGAUAAAUAUACAAAUGAUAGUAAUAACAAUGAAGAGGAGUCCAGAUGUAGUACAUACAAAUUAAACAAUUUUCCCCCAUCGCGUUUAUGUAAAAAACGGUUUAUAAUAAAUUAUAAUAAUAUAAGCUUAAAAAUAAAAACCUUUGAUAAUGUAUUAAAUAUGACACAAUUUAUAGAAGAAGAAAUAGUAAAAAAGCAUAAAAUAAAUGAGGAAUACUUAAGAGAAAUAAAAAAUUUAUAUAGAAUAAUUAUCCUCUCCAAAUUACACAUCGGUGUGUAUAAAUUUUUGUCCUUACUAAAAAAAAAAAAUUUUUUUUUUAUAUUUUAUACUUCAAAUAAAAAAUUAACUCAUCUUCUAUUUAAAUAUUUUAAAAUUAGGAAGAGUUUUAAAAAUCAAUAUACUUUAAUAAAUUCAUUUGACGAUUUAAAAAAUUUUAAAAAUUAUAAAAAAUGUCUAGUAUUUAGCAAUCGUCAAUGUUUUGUGAACUAUGCAAAAAGAUAUGGAUACUUCAGAAUAGCCAAAGGGAAAAAGAAUUCAUCAAUAUCCUCAAACUGUGAUGAUAUUAAUUGGGAGGAUAUAAUAAUAGCACAUAAUAAAUGUAGUAAAGUUAGUAAAGAUAGUAUCGAUAGUAAGGGUAGUACAGAUAGUAUGGAUAGUAAGUGUAGUAAAGAUGCCAUAUCAUCAAACAGUUCAGAUUAUAAUUCUAAUAAAUAUAACGAUGUUGUAUAUCCCUUUGAACGCAACUGCAAUUUGACUAAAGAUAUAUUAUCAUGGAGAACGUUUUAUAUAUUUAAUAAAUAUAUUUAUAUAUAUGGAAAGGUAGUAAAAGGUUUUGGAAGAGGCAGUAAAUACUUAAACAUACCAACAGCAAAUAUUUUUAAUAGUAAUCUAACUUCAGCAGAUAUAAUGCCAGGUAUAUACUUCGGCUUAUCUAAAUUGAAAAAGAAAAUUUAUAAAACUGUUAUAUCUAUAGGGUAUAACCCUUAUUUUGAAAAUAAGCACAUAACUGUAGAAGCAUUUUUGUAUUACCAGACAAGUAAUUUGUUCUAUAAUGAAAAUAUUCAUUUAAUUAUUUUUGGUAUUUUAAGGAGCGAAAGUAAUUUUCCCUCCUUUUCACAUCUAAUACAAGCCAUACAGUUUGAUUGCGAACUCGCUCGAAUUAUUCUGAACAAAAUUAAAAAUGAUGACAAAUUUGUAAUGUGUAAAAGUUACCUCAAUUCGUUGUAA